AUGGCACACACCAAUCUGCAAGAGCAGUAUGGUAAAGGCAAAGCUGGGAGAACUCAUGCUGAGACAGUCAAUGCUUCAGAAGAAGCACCUGUCUCUGUGCCACCAUGCAACGACAGCGAGAAAUCCGAGGCCAAUCUGGUCCCCGAACUCAAUGUCGAUUACAGUGACAUUGGAGAUAAGAACGAAAUGUUCCAAAUCCCUUUGGCAUUGGUGACAACUCCGGCGAGGUAG